GCUGGGGCUUCCUUAAGCGGCUGCGGCGUGUGGGGUGAGGAGCCGCUUCCAAUUGCGAGGCAGGCAGCACAUGACAUAAGAUGCUCCAGAUCUGCCUCCUGGGCGCUAGUUUAAAAAUAAAGGAUAUUACACAUCCUCUUCCUCCUCCUCCUGCUGCCGGGCGCCGGUGCGGAGCCGCUGCGGGAGCGGCCGGACAAAGGCGAUGCGGGGGACGGUGCUGUGUGAGUCAGAGGCAGGGAUGGCACUCGCGGAACCCGUCCCUGCGGUUUAUUGUAACUCGGAUCCUGCCGGGAACUGCGAGGUGUCGCUGGACGAUGUACGGCUCAACUCUUCUGCUAGAGCUGUGGAGGUCCCCGGCCCCGAGCCCGUUGAAGAGAGGAAGACGGAGGGAUGUCGGAUGGACACGCUUGGCUCCAAAGCGGCCUCUUCGCCUGCUGCCUCCGGCGUGUGGACAACGCGACGAGACGGGGAGGUCAGGCUGCGGCUGGAUGAGCGGGGCGUAGGCAGCGAGGCGCCAAAGACGGUUCACGAGCUGUUCCGGGAAGCCGUUAGCCGAUACGGCGAUUAUUACGCCCUCGCAUCCAAAAAGGGCGGCCAGUGGACAAAGCUAACGUACAAGAUGUACUAUGAGGAGUGCUGGAAAGCAGCAAAAAGCUUUCUGAAGCUGGGGCUGGAGCGUUUCCAUGGAGUGUGCAUCUUGGGGUUUAACUCUGCGGAGUGGUUUAUUGCGGACAUCGGAGCUAUCCUCGCAGGCGGAUUUGCUGUUGGUAUCUACACUACAAACUCUCCUGAGGCCUGUCAUUACGUAGCAGAGAACUGUGGCGCUAACGUUGUGGUUGUGGAAAACCAUAAACAGCUGCAGAAAAUCUUAGAGAUUCAGCAUAAACUACCUCAUCUGAAAGCUAUUAUCCAGUAUGGGGAAGAGCUAAAAGAGAAGAGGCCAAAUCUGUACUCGUGGAGUGAGUUCAGGGACCUUGGCAAAGAUGUUCCAGACGCUCAGCUCCGUGAAAUCAUUGACUCGCAGAAGCCUAACCAGUGCUGUACGCUCAUAUAUACCUCGGGGACGACGGGGCAGCCAAAGGGAGUGAUGCUCAGCCACGACAACCUGACGUGGACGGCGGUGGCGGCAGGGCGGUUCAUCAUGCUGACGGAUGCUAAAGAAAAGCAGGAGCUGGUGGUCAGCUACCUGCCCCUCAGCCACAUCGCUGCGCAGAUGUCGGAUAUUUGGUCGGCAAUGGCAUUCGGCGCACAAGUUUUCUUUGCUCAGCCGGACGCAUUAAAGGGCACCUUGGUGGACACCCUGCGGGACGUGAGGCCAACUGCUUUUCUGGGAGUUCCUCGCGUCUGGGAAAAAAUGGAAGAAAAAAUGAAAUCCAUCGGCGCAAAAUCGUCAACGCUCAGAAGAAAAGUGGCGUCGUGGGCCAAGGGAGUCGGGCUGCAGACAAACCUGAAGCGGAUGAACGGGUACUCUGAAGUGCCGGUGAAUUUCCGCUUAGCCAGGCACUUGGUGUACAAGAAGGUGCGAAAGGCCAUUGGGCUGGACCGAUGCACCAAGUGCUAUACGGGGGCCGCCCCCAUCUCCAGGGAGACGCUGGAAUUUUUUUUAAGCCUGAACAUUCCCGUGUUGGAGCUGUACGGCAUGAGCGAGAGCUCGGGGCCUCACACGAUCUCUCUACCUCACGCGUUCAAGCUGGGCAGCUGUGGGAAGGAAGUCACAGGCUGCCGGACGCUGAUUCAUAAGCCCGACGGAGAUGGCAGCGGGGAGAUCUGCUUCUCGGGGAGGCACAUCUUCAUGGGCUAUUUGAACAUGGAAGAAAAAACCAGAGAGGCGAUUGAUGAAGAUGGCUGGCUGCAUUCCGGUGACCUGGGCAAGCAUGAUAAGGAUGGAUUCCUCUACAUCACGGGCAGAAUUAAAGAGCUCAUCAUCACUGCGGGAGGUGAGAACGUUCCUCCCGUUCCAAUCGAGGACGCUGUAAAAGAUGCUGUUCCCAUCAUCAGCAACGCGAUGUUGGUGGGAGACAAAGCGAAAUUCCUUGCUAUGCUUCUAACGCUAAAGUGCAAUGUCGAUGUCGAAACGGGGGAGCCAGGAGACGAUCUCACUCCAGAGGCUGUGGAUUACUGCCAGAAACUGGGCAGCAAGGCCACCAAAGUCUCCGAAAUCAUCAGCAGCAACGACAAGGCGGUCUACGCGGCCAUCCAGAAGGGGAUUUCGGCAGUCAACGAGGGAGCCGUCUCGAAUGCUCAGAAAGUCCAGAAGUGGGUCCUUCUGGAGAAGGACUUCUCCCUCUUUGGGGGCGAGCUUGGCCCGACGAUGAAGCUGAAGCGCCCGGUGGUGGUGCAGAAGUACAAAGACCAAAUCGCUCAGUUCUACGCGGAUGUGGAUACAGCGACCGCGACAGCCAACGCUCUCCGGCAGUAGCGCGGAGCUUUGUGCUGCGGACUGAAGCGAAGCCUGGGGGGGCUCCCUGGGCCUGUUGAAAUAAAGGGGCUCAGUAACCGCGCAGUCCCUCUGCAUCCUGUCACUGUCCAUCUUUUGGCCCUCGUACUGCAGCGUCUCAAGCGUGUUCGUGCUCAGUGUCUCCCUGUGUCUGUGCUGAGAUAGCCCUGAACAUCUCCGCUUUGUAUUUUUUUUGUCUUUCCAUUUUUUAUAAGGGCAAUACAAUGUUUACCGUAAAUCCAUAUUACACGUUAUGUUUUAACCAAAGUUUUCUUUUCCUGAGCUUGAAUGUAAACCAAUCAGGACCUGCAAUCUUCCCGCGGAGGGAGAAAGGCAGAUGUCUUUUUAUAGCGGUGUCUGUUUAACUGCAUGCUGAUGACAUCUGCAUUAUUUUAAGUCUCUUUCCCCACACCCUGGCUCCUGUCGAAGAUGACGAAUGCUGCCUGACUGCACAUGCUGGCUCGGCGUGUGUGCGGCACCUCACCUUUGCUGGGUUUGUCUGUGCAAUAUUUUGGGUCCGUUUUAUCUUUUUGAGUUGUAAUGAAGCCAUAAAUUGUAUUGUUGAAGUGGUGUA